GUGGCGGACGGGCGUUAAACAUUCCUUUUGUUCUGUGCCGUCGUCUUUCACGCGCGGCGGAAAUUUUGUCGUCUGCGCUUCUUGGAAUAAGUGGUGUUGUGUUUAACAGAAAGGACACAUUUGGCAGUUGACGACCUUCUUUAAAGUAGUUGAGGUCAAAUGUGUUGACAGUGUGCCUUUAACAACAAACACUUUUAGCAGACGAUACGCUGGCACCUUCGCAGUGACGUCAUCAUGUCUGAGGAACAGCAGAAAUUGAUGGAGGAGGGCGUUAAAGACCGAGGGAUCGGAAAAGAUUUAAGUAACAAUGAUCUCGAAGAUACAGCUAAUAAACACCGUAUGGUAAUUGGGGUUCGACUUCCAAAAAGACCAAAACGCCCAAGAAAAAGCAGGAGACGCAAGGACAAGUCAGGCGAUGGAACAGCCCUCAUGUCAACAGAUUACGGCAGUCCGACAGCAUUCACCGAAGCCUUACAGUCUCCUACCGAGACGGUACAGAACUUACUUGGUGAAGUCGACGACGAACAACAUCAGCCCCACGGUACAUUUUGUCAGUUAGAUCUUUUAUACACAUUCGGUCAGGAAAAACAGUGGCGAGAAUUUGCCAGAUGGGUGAAGUACGAGGAAGAUGUGGAGGAAGGAGGAGAAAGAUGGUCCAAACCUCACGUCGCCUCACUCUCACUUCACGCAUUGUUCGAGCUCCGGUCAACCAUCCUCAACGGCGCAGUUGUUUUAGAUUUAGAUGCUUAUCAUAUAACACAAAUCAUAGACAUAGUAUUAGACACUUUAGUAGCUGCCAAGACGAUGUCAGAAGAAAAUCGUGACGACGUUCGAAAGGCGCUGAUGUCACCUCAUGUAUUCGCUCAUGAAAAACGUAAACGCAGUCUCAUGCCUGGUAGUGAAAGCGACAGAGCAUUAAAAAAGAAUUUUUCAAAAGGUGGUAAGCUAACCCCUAAUAGGAGUUUUUCAAACGUGGAAAAUAUAAACGGCGAUAUAAAAGAAACUUAUUCGUCGGCAAAGUUGAAUGUAGAUUUUAUGAGAAAAGUGCCGCCAGAUUCACAAGCGUGUAACGUAAUGGUCGGUGAACUGUCGUGUCUUAAAUAUCAAGUAGCUGCGUUCAUCCGUCUGUCUGAAGCUCGCAAUAUUGGUGAUAUCACAGAAGUACCCAUCCCGACCCGUUUUGUGUUCAUACUUCUUGGUCCACCCGGAAGUGAAGAUAAAUGUAUAGAAAUUGGAAGAUCAAUGUCCACGGUGAUGGUGGACGAGAUCUACAGAGAAGUUGCAUACAAGGCAAGAAACCGAACGGAGAUCUUGACGGGUCUGGACGAGUUUUUGGACCAAGUAACAGUAUUGCCCCCAGGAGAGUGGGACCCCAAAAUCAGAAUUGAACCGCCAGAAAAAGUGCCAUCUCAACAAGCCAGAAAGACCCAGAAGACUCAGAUAGCUGGGCCGCACGUUCUUGCCACACAGGAAGCCGAACACGAGUCACAUGAUGACCCCACUCUGGUCAGAACCGGAAGAUUGUUCGGCGGUUUGAUUGCCGAUAUUAAACGUAAGGUCCCUUGGUACCCUAGUGACUUUAAAGAUGCACUUCACGUGCAGUGCAUAGCGUCCACCAUUUUCUUGUUUUUGGCUACACUCACGCCGAACGUAACCUUUGGUGGUUUGCUGGGUCAAGCUACAGAUCAAUACAUGGGAGCUAUGGAGUGUAUUUUGUCGGCUGCUAUUGUCGGUGUAUUGUUUGCGCUGUUUUCUGGACAACCCUUGAACAUUCUCGGUAGCACAGGUCCUAUGUUGGUGUUGGAAAUGAUCUUGUAUAACUUCUGCAAGGACGGUGGCUACGAUUUCUUGCCGCUGCGAUGCUGGAUUGGGUUAUGGACUACCGGACUGUUAGUCUUAGUUGUGGCUUUUGAUCUUAGUGCUCUAGUACGGUACAUAACGCGUUUUACGGAAGAAAGUUUCGCCUGCCUUAUUGCCAUUAUCUUUAUUUACGAGGCUUUCAAGAAACAGUUUCAUAUUAUUGACCAUUAUGGGAUCAACAAACACCCGGAAAUACCCAUUCCUCACGAUUGUACCUGCAUGCCGCCAUCGAAUGCCACAAACGCAACCAUGGACGGCAACAUGACGACAGUUAUGGACUCAUUUGUUGCAGUGACAACCACGCCUCUCGUGAAUUUCACAUACAGCAAUGAGACAAUGUAUGACAUAUUCAGCGGCAAUAUGACGUGGGCGGACUUGAACAAAGAAGACUGCCUGAAAUAUAACGGAACUCUUCACGGUGAAGGGUGCGAAGAGUCGCAUUUGUACCCAGACGUUUUCUUCCUCUCAUGCCUACUCUUCCUUGGAACCUACACACUGGCAAUGACAUUAAAGGACUUUAAAACAGCACCGUAUUUCCCAUCUUUUGUUCGACAAAUGGUCAGUGACUUUGCUGUCCUGCUGUCCAUUGUGAUCAUGGUGGGCAUAGAUGUCUUAGUUGGCAUCAAAACGCCCAAACUGGAAGUUCCUGCAAAAUUCCAGCCAACAAGAUACCAGGACCGCGGAUGGUUCAUCAACCCAAUCAGUGAAAAGAAUCCGUGGUGGACGGCCAUUGCAGCUGUUAUACCAGCCUUUCUCGCCCUAGUAUUGAUUUUCAUGGAUCAGCAGAUCACGGCUGUCAUUGUGAACAGGAAAGAAAAUAAACUAAAGAAAGGAAAUGGUUAUCACUUGGAUUUACUUGUGGUAGCAGUUUGUAUUGCUAUUUGCUCAUUACUUGGUCUUCCAUGGUACGUAGCCGCCACCGUGUCCGCCAUUGCUCACAUUAUGUCCUUGAAGAAAGAAUCCGAAACUGCGGCUCCUGGAGAAAAACCAAUGUUCUUAGGCUGCAGAGAACAACGAGUAACUGCUUUGUUGGUCGGAAUUCUCAGUGGUUGUGCUGUACUUCUUACCGGCGUUCUUACCAUGAUCCCUAUGCCUGUACUGUACGGGGUGUUCUUGUACAUGGGUGUGGCCGCUCUGAAAGGAAUGCAGUUUAUUGACCGUCUCGGACUUCUGUUCAUGCCGGCUAAAUACCAGCCAGACUCCACGUACCUGCGACACGUCAAAAUCAACCGAAUUCAUUUGUUCACCUUUUUACAAAUCAUAUGUUUGGGCGUUCUCUGGGUUGUCAAAAUGGUCAAGGCCAUCUCCAUUGCUUUCCCUGUCAUGGUUGUUGGAACAUGUUUCGUACGUAAAGCUAUGGAUAAGUUAUUCACACAGUAUGAGUUGUCUUACCUUGACGAUUUGAUGCCUAGCGACGAUAAGAACAAGGAGGAAGACGAAAAGAAAAAUUUUUACGGGGACCCUGUCGAUGACGAUGAGUUGGAGAAAGAUGAACGAGAAGUCAUGAUGGAUAUGAAAAUGAAACACACGAUGGGUGAUAAAUUUGGCGGCUACAUGGCGGUGCCAAACAACGAUAGAGUGAAUAUAUCAGAGGAGAUGAGUAAAACUGGGAUAUGGAUGCAAGUGAGGAGGGAUUCGGUGCCUGUUUUAGAAGGAAUGAACAACUCCUCUUCCCAACAGCCAAAUUUCAGCCCUUUGCUCAACCAUUCUGAACGACAUCAUUUUGAGCGAAUUGUAAAUAGACGUAACGGAUCAAAGGCCAACUUCAUGCUCGGUGACGGGGACAUACCGGAAGAGAAUGAAGGGCGAGAGAGUAAAAUCUGAGAAAUUUUCAAACUGUCAACAAGACAAUUGUCAGUUCUAUUUAUAGACAUACAAAAAGACACUGUUCUAUUUAUAUAUUGAACAACUGGAGUUAGGCAAAAACACUCUAUUUUUUAAUACUUACCAUCAUUGAACUUAAAACACAAAACAAUUAAAACUAUAGCUUUUAAUAAGUUACGAACAUGUGUUAGAGUGAAAAAUAGUGCUUUACGCGAAUUUUUUAAAUCAACACAUUUGUGCUGUUUUCGUUUGCAUGCGCAACCGGAAGUUGUUUAAUCAAAUGAUGGACAACCAGAGUUGCCAAAAGGAAAGAACUUACGGGGUGUCUCUCAAAGUAUAUGAUGGUGGAGUUGACGAAGGUUUAAGCUUGAUACAGAAUCAAAUGUUUUACUUUGUCUAUAUACUAAUAUAUAAUCAUGUUUUAUGUGUAUUAUUAGAUUUGAGAAGUGAAAAACAAAAAGAAUUAUAACAUGUUUCAUGUCAAAAGAUUUUCAUUUAGUCAUUAUUGUUUACCUCUGUUUAAAACAGAUAUCUAUCUCUACAUGUGAUACAAUUUGAUUCUCCAUGUCUUUGCAUCGAUGUAUUCAUCUACAAUCUCAUUAUUUUCUUUUCUAAUAGUAUGGUCAGUUUAGUAGUAAAAUAUGUCCUUUACGUUACGAUAUACAUUAAGGUAACGUAAUUAUAAUUACGUAUAACACUUGAUAUCAUUUGUUGUACGGUGGUGCGUUUCACUAAAUGAUAAAAAAAAUAUAUAAGCGGAUAAGCUUGUUAUUCCAAAUAAACGGGAAUUUUCCUGCUGUUUCGGCAAUUUGUUUGACAUUCUGAGUGAAUAGGGCAAUAUCUUUCGAAUUGUCGCGUUACAGAGAUGUGGUAAAAAAUAUCAAUUCACUGUUUCGAACUAAUCAAAUUACGACACAUUAAGACACUUUUAUUCUUUUUUAAAUCAUUUCACUUUUUCAUUAUUCAUCAUAUUUGUGUUAGAAUGCAAUUUCUGUUAUGUUUUAUUUUUUAUUAGAUAAUGUAGUAGAAAAUUUAAGACAUAUAACAAGGUGAAGACGUUUAUAUUUGUAAUACGUUGACUGGUGACUUACACGGUGCUUUAAGUUAGCUGAGAUUGUAUAUAUUUCUUGUCAAUCUGGCUUAAUGUACGUAGAUUAUUUGUUAUGAUAUAUAUGUAAAUGUGAUUUUUUUUCAUAGUAGUAAAUAAACUUUUUUAAUGUAUGUUUAUCUGUAAAAGAGCUACUGGAAAUUCAUCAUAUCAAUAUAUUUUAUAAUUAUGCAUUUGGGAAAUUUGUACUUUUUCUUUUCUUUUAUAACAUCUCUAUCCAACAUUUCUUAAAAUCAUUCCAACAAUUCGGAAAAACGAAGUAUUUUUUAAAAACUUUUAAUUUUUAAACUCGUUUAAUAUGAAUUUACAUAGCAACAUUGACUUAUAUUAAGAAAUUUGUCAGACUAUUUCAGAAUAUGUCUGAUUUUUACGUAACUUUUAUAUUAAAAAAAAACAAACUACGGGACCGAAUCUUAAUUACUACAUAGGAUCAAUCUGUCAUAGUCUAAGCCAUGACCAACUUUUUUUUUUCUGAGAAAAUUUUUAGUACAGAUAGAAAAUUUGUGAUAUGAUGUUACAUUGAUAAGAUCUAACUGACUCUUUUAAAACUAUUAAUCAGGUUGUAUUUAAUUACAUAUAAAUGCGUAAGUAAAAUAGUUUUAGUGUAUUUUAAAACUGAUAUUAAUAUGUAUUUUUAAUAGAUACACAGAGUUUAAAAUUGCUGAUAUCAUUUUAUCUUAAGUCAUACAAAGUAUGUGCUAUAUAUAAAAUAUGCAAGUAACGUAGAUAAAGAUGUAACAAAUUCAAUCAUGUGUACAUUUGUGAACAGAAAGGGGCCAUGUUACAGAGAAAAUAUGAUAAAAUUAACUGCAUUCUGUUACGAGUAUUAAAGACUAUUUGCAUAUUUGAGAAUAGAAAAAGUCCGUUUUGUGGGGAGUAUAUAUAAAUGGUAACGGAAGUCUGUUACGAAAAUUACAGAACCUUUGUAGGAAUAAGUGCUAUGCGCUUGUGAAUAUGUUAACAACCAUUCUUCAGUUUAUUUACUAGAACCAUUCGUGGAUAGUCUAUGUGAUUGAAUACUAUGCUGAUUAACCAUCUUGCAUUAUAGAUGUUUUAUAAUUUUAAUUGCAACUUUGUAACGUCCGUCACAUAAAUAUUCUACAAACAUCGAAAACCAUUUUGAGGGACUAUAGCAUAUCAGUUAUAUUAUAAAAAGUAUUUUAUUGUAUGCAGAAUUAUUAUCAAAGAUCUAAAUAAAGAAAUAAAAAAUCAA